ACUGAGUAAAACUUGUAAACAACUGGGUCUUUUAACAUAACCUAAAAUUUACAAAUCAAUAUCAAUCAAGGUGUUACUUUAUUUCGCAAACACAUUUAAUUUGAUUCAGAAUGAACAUCAACUUAAAUCUGGUGAAUAAACUGUCAGCCAUUAGUAAAAGUAUAUUGUGCAAAAGAUACUUAAAUAAUAAUGUUGCGUCAGUUACCAAAAUACACAGAGAGGUCUAUACCAGAAUGUAUCCUACUAUUGUAGUUCUUUCUGAUGGAUCUUCUAUCAACAUCCGAUACCAUGAACCUAGGAAAAUUAUCAAGCUGCCCCUAGAUUUGUCAGAGCUAUCUGAAGAGGAACGGAAGAUGCGAGUAGAGAAACGAAAACCAAAGAAGAAGGUGAAAAUCACUGAUGAUAUUGAAGAUAACUUUAGUUCAAGAAAAUAUCUAAAGUAUGUUAAAAAGUAAAAGCUAUAUUAUGUUGUGAAUAACUUUAUAAUUUAAUAUUUAGAUAAAAUAAAUAGAUAAGUAAUUUAGAUUAUGAACAAAGUAGGAUUCCUACAGUAGCUAGUUGUAAUAUAUAAUUUGCACAUGUUAUAUUACAACUUAUAAUAAAUUAAAUAUAAACCAUCACGGAUUU